AGCGAAUCACACAUCACCGUCACCGUCACCGCAUCAUCCUCAGUGAGGAAUUUCUUCAGCUUAUCCUCCCUUCCUUCUUCACCUCCUACUCCUUCCUCCUACAUCCCCCUGCCGGCAGUUACGAGCGCCACCAGCCAUUUUACACUUUUAUUUGCCCGACGCGUCGCAAUAUGCUCGUUCGGUUAUCACAACCUUUGAAGUUUAAAUUGGACCCCGGAUAGCGAGACAUAGUCGCCAGCGACGGCGCAGCCGUUUCUCUAUCACACAAUGCCACUUCCAUUCCAUCGCGAGUCCUGGAUAUGGUACAUCUGUGCUGUCGGAAUGAUUAUCGCAAGACUUAUUGCACGCCGGAUCCUGUUUCGAUCAGUCAAAGGCCUCCAACUGGAUGAUUGGAUCAUGGGCACUGUCGUUCUGGUCUGCUCUACUGCCCUUAUGGUCGUCUCAAACAGAUGGUUCAAGGCCGGAUCAAACCUUGAGCCUCAUGACUUCGACUUCGGCGCUAUCAGUAACGAUCUGCUGUCACAACGAGUCUAUGGCAGCAAAAUGAUGAUUGUUACGGAACAGAUGCAGAUAUCUGUAAUCUGGGCUUGCAAAACAUGUUUGCUAAUCAUGUACUAUCGACUCACCCGAACGGCGUUGCGCAACGAAAAUAUUGCCAUCAAACUCCUCACCGCAUACGUGGCCCUCGGAUACAUUGUUAUGCAGACAAUGUAUUUCGCCGUCUGGUGUCGUCCGUUUUCGGAGUAUUACGCCGUCCCUACAAACUCUACUCAGUGCAACACUCUCUUCCAUCACAGAAUCCUCAAAGCGGUGCUCAACAUCUCAUCAGACGUGGUAAUGCUGUCCAUCAGUCUGCAGAUGCUUAUACGCUCGAAACUGCCCUGGAGACGAAAGCUGGUCCUCGUCGGCAUCUUCUCGCUCGGCAUCUUCGUCAUCGCCGCCGCCGCACUGAACAGCUACUUUUCGUUCGCAAAACCGUAUGGUAGAGAUUGGAUGUUCUGGUAUAUCCGCGAGUCUUCGAUGGCAAUAAUUGUUGCCAACAUGCCGUUCACAUGGACACUGCUUCGAGAGAUGUUCGAGGUUGGCGACUUCGACGGCGAGGCGCAGCCGUGGACUUUCCAUCCCCAUGCGAGACCAACGAGCAUCACGACGAACAGAACGCACGAGACUGCAUCAUCGGAUCCGCGUCACAGAACACACGAGUCGGCUGUCCACAGCCACGGGAGCAGGGGUACGCUGUCGACGACCUUGGUGGGUUCGAUGUCGCCAGGUAGAGGGGAGGGCGUGUCUCCUGCGAAGAGUCUGGCACUGGAGGAGAUCGACAGGGAUGCUGAGACUCAGGCUGUACGAUUUCACGACUUCGCAUCUAUACCACCGCCCUCGAACGAAGCGAAAAGUCAGGUGUAAGAUAUGACAGGGCAGCAUUAGAAGGCAACGAAGAUUGUUAUUCUACAAAAUGGGUCGCAUAGCUGUGUUUUAGGAAGUCA